GCUCCAACAUAGCUGGCGCCCCAGCCGCAUCGGUUUUGUCCGCGUCAGGCGCCCUCGCCCCGGCCACAGCAGCACACGGCGUCCUUGCAUGCGUCCAUGGAGCCAUGCAGCGAAGAUUUCACACGGCAGAGCCCAGCUUCCGCGGCUCUCCCUCCCCCCCCCCCCCCCCCUCUCUGAAUCGAUUUGAGCAAUUCAAUCGGGGCGGAGCCGGGGGCAGGAAUCCGGGGCGCGUUUCGUCCGAUCGCUCGCCAUGUUCUCGCGAUCCUACACCAACCUGCUCGAUCUCGCCAAUGGCAACCUCUCUGCCCUCGACUACGGCGGCGGCGGCGGGGGCGGGGGCGGGGGACGUCCACCGCGGGCGAGGCGGAUGCAGCGGACCAGCACGACGCCCGGUACGUUCGCGGACCUCGACGAGGAGCGCGCCGGCAGCGUCGCCUCCGACGUGCAGUCCUCGCUCGUCGGCGACCGCCUCAUCGUCGUCGCCAACACGCUCCCCGUGCGCGGGGAGCGCCGGCCCGACGGCCGCGGGUGGAGCUUCAGCUGGGACGAGGACUCGCUCCUCUUCCACCUCCGCGACGGCCUCCCCGACGAUAUGGACAUGGAGGUCCUCUACGUCGGCUCCCUCCACGCCGACGUGCCGCCCGCCGACCAGGACGACGUCGCGCAGGCGCUCCUCGAGCGCUUCCGCUGCAUCCCGGCCUUCCUCCCCAAGGACCUCUGCGACCGAUUCUACCACGGGUUCUGCAAGCAGACGCUCUGGCCGCUCAUCCACUACAUGCUCCCCUACUCCACCGACCACGGCGGCCGCUUCGACCGCUCCCACUGGGAGGCCUACGUCCUCGCCAACAAGCUCUUCUCCCAGCGCGUCAUCGAGGUCCUCAACCCCGAGGACGACUACGUCUGGAUCCACGACUACCACCUCCUGGCCCUCCCGUCCUUCCUGCGCCGCCGAUUCAACCGCCUCCGCAUCGGCUUCUUCCUGCACAGCCCGUUCCCUUCGUCGGAGCUCUACCGCUCUCUCCCCGUCCGCGAUGAGAUCCUCAAAUCGCUGCUCAACUGCGAUCUGAUUGGAUUCCACACCUUCGAUUACGCCCGGCAUUUCCUCUCCUGCUGCAGCCGCAUGCUCGGGAUCGACUACCAAUCCAAGAGGGGAUACAUUGGCCUCGAUUAUUUUGGACGCACGGUGGGGAUAAAGAUCAUGCCUGUUGGGAUAAACAUGGAGCACCUGCAGUCACUGCUCCAGCAACCUGAUCUCGAGCGGAAGGUCGUGGAGCUCCGGAACCAAUUCAACCGGAAGACUGUCUUGCUUGGUGUGGAUGAUAUGGACAUAUUCAAGGGGAUUGAUCUGAAGAUUCUUGCAUUUGAACAGAUGCUCAAGGCGCACCCGAAAUGGCAGGGCCGAGCAGUGUUGGUGCAGAUUGCAAACCCAAAAGGCGGCAGCAGGAAAGAACUGGAAGAGCUGCAGGCCAAGAUUGAACAGAGUUGCAAGAGGAUCAAUGACCAGUUUGGACGGCCUGGAUAUAGUCCUGUCGUGCUUGUCAAUAGGGCACUGUCGAGUGUCGAGAGGAUGGCUUAUUACACCAUUGCCGAGUGUGUCGUUGUCACCGCAGUCAGGGAUGGGAUGAACCUUACACCUUAUGAAUACAUUGUGUGUAGGCAGGGAAUUCCAGGUUUGGAUGGCUCUGGGGAUGAUAGACCGAGGGGAAAGAGUAUGCUAGUUGUCUCAGAAUUCAUUGGUUGCUCACCAUCAUUGAGUGGAGCAAUUCGGGUAAACCCCUGGAAUAUUGAGUCAACAGCAGAGGCAAUGAACGAGUCCAUCGCUUCAUCUGAUAAUGAGAAGCAACUGCGGCAUGAGAAGCACUAUCGGUAUGUCAGCUCACACGAUGUUGCAUAUUGGUCUAAGAGCUUUAUUCAUGACUUCGAGAGAAGCUGUAGGGACCAUUUUAGGAGAAGAUGCUGGGGUAUUGGACUAGGAUUUGGAUUUAGAGUCGUUGCCCUUGACCGGAAUUUCAAAAAGCUUGCAGUGGAUUCUAUUGUUGCGGAUUACAAGAAGUCAAAGAGCCGGGUCAUACUACUGGACUAUGAUGGAACUCUAGUACCACAAACUACAAUAGACAAGACUCCAAAUGAAACUAUUGUUAGCAUGAUGAAUACUCUGUGUGCUGAUAAGAAGAAUGUUGUUUUUAUUGUAAGUGGAAGAGGAAGGGAUAGCCUUGAAAAAUGGUUUUACCCUUGCCCAGAGCUUGGCAUUGCUGCUGAACAUGGCUACUUUAUGAGGUGGACCAGAGAUGAACAAUGGCAAAUACAAAAUCAAGGCCCAGAAUUUGAAUGGAUGCAUAUGGCUGAGCCGGUAAUGAAACUGUAUACAGAGGCAACUGAUGGAUCAUAUAUUGAAACCAAAGAGAGUGCUUUGGUUUGGCACCACCAAGAUGCUGGCCCUGGUUUUGGAUCUUCACAAGCAAAAGAAAUGUUAGAUCACUUGGAAAGUGUCCUUGCCAAUGAGCCGGUCUCUGUAAAGAGUGGCCAACAUAUUGUAGAAGUUAAACCUCAGGCUGUCAGCAAAGGAUUUGUUGCAGAGAAGAUCCUUUCAACUCUCAUGGAGAAGGAAAGGCAAGCAGAUUUUGUUCUCUGCAUUGGUGACGAUCGAUCAGAUGAGGAUAUGUUUGAAAAGAUUGCUGAUAUCAUGAGGAGGAGCAUGGUUGAUCCUGAAACCUCGUUGUAUGCUUGCACAGUCGGCCAGAAACCAAGCAAGGCUAUUUACUAUUUGGACGAUGCUAAUGAUGUUCUGAACAUGCUUGAGGCACUUGCCGAUGCAUCGGAGGAGGCUGGCUCUGGUUCACCGGAAGAAACAGAGGUACCAUCUACACUGGAGGAAGCAUGAUAAUAAACAUGAGAUGUCCUGGGGAUGUCAAAUUGCUUGGCUGAUGUGGCACUGCCACCAGCAAGUCUUCUGACAAAAACUGAAGCCGAUUUCGUUUGGCAGGAAGUGAAAAUUAGCAAUACCCGGAUAGUCGGAUAAAUGUCAAUAACCUAGUUGUUUCUCUAUUUUCUGCUUCUUUUUUCCAUUUUGCCUUAUGGUAGUGCCAGAGUAAUUCUCAUGUUGUCUAGAUAGGGAAAAAAUGUCAAGAGGGAAGAAUCCAUGGCGGCAUCCUUUGACUUCUUUUAACUUGGUAUCAGGUACAGUAUUGAAGAAUGGAGUAUUUCUGCGAGUAUAUAGAAUAUAAGCCGAGAUUAGGUUAGUAGUAGCUGACAUUGGGAUUUAGCCUGCUGUUGGUGCAUAUCUUAGCUGUCUUUUUCAGUGGAAAAAUCUGUGUACAUGAAGCCAAUGCAAGCAUAAACUAGUUCAAUUCCUGGAA